GGCUCGGUCCGGCAGCUCCGCCUCCCAGCGAGCGGGAGAUUUGAAGGGCAGAGGAGGCGCCAUGGUGGAGGGCCCGUGCUGCGCGCUGUUCGCGGAACGCCUGCGGGCGAGAGUGCGCCGUGGGCAGGCGGUGCGCAGCGCGCGGGGCAGCGCUCUGCCGGCCGGAGCUCUCGCUGCGACUGCUGCAAGUGAGGAGAGAGCCUCUAGUCAUGAUUUCCUUACUGGACAAGUUUUCAGGGGUGUGGAAACAUUGGGAAAGGAGCUUUUUAUGUAUUUUGAUCAAAAAGCUCUGAGGAUUCACUUUGGUAUGAAUGGUUCCAUGCGUGUUAAUCCUGAUGGAAGCAAAGACAGAAAUGGAGCAUUACCAGUUUUGGAGAUACAGCUUACAGAAGAUAUUAUUUGUUUCUUUGAGGUGACAGCAGAGUAUAGAAAUGCAGCAGAGUGUGAGCAGAAAGUGAGAAUGAUGGAAAGCUUGGAUGUGUGCUCUUCAAAGUUUAGCUUCUUAAGAGCAGAAAGUGAGGUAAAGCAGCAGAAAACCCAGAUGUUAUGUGAUGUGUUACUGGAUCAAACAGUAUUACCUGGAGUUGGAAAUAUCAUAAAAAAUGAAGCACUAUUUGACAGCGGUCUCCAUCCAGCUGCUAAAGUUUGCCAACUGACAGAUGAGCACAUACGUCACUUAGUGAAAAUGACACGUGACUUUACCCUGCUUUUUUAUAAGUGCCGCAAAACUGGAGCUCCACUCUACAAACACUACAAAGUGUACAGGCGCCAAAUGUGUGGUCAGUGCAAUGAGAAAAUCACUGUGUGUCGUUUAGGAGUGAAUAACAGGAUGACUUACUUCUGCUCUCGAUGUCAAAAGGCUGAUCCCCAGCUUGUCAAUGUUAGCAAACUGCCAACUAGAAAUAGCCUAAUUGGCUGGGCAUGUGGCAGGGGGUCAUGUUCUAAUGAACAUGUAGCUCAGAAUUGUGAGGAAGAGUGGACGUGUAUACGCUGUACCCUAAUAAACAAGCCUUCUGCUGAAGCUUGUGAUGCCUGUUUGACUUCAAGGCCUGAAGUGAGUUUUUCAUUGAAGACAAAGAACACUGAAGAUUCUGCAGACUUUAACAGAUAUCUCAUGAAAUAUCCUUGUAAUGACUUCAGAAAACCAAGCACAGAAAUAAAGAUCAACAGGCAAGCUGCAUUUGGAAAUACAACUCUUGUCCUAACAGAUCUUGGUAAUAAAGCAGUGUUGAAAGAUGAUAUCCAAGUAUCCAAUGGAUGCUCUGAGUAUGUUACUCCAAAAGGCAAUUUUAGCCAGAAUCAAAAUAACAUCCACCCCUCUGGAAGAAGUAGUAUAGACAAUUAUUGCUCAGCGAAUGUAACUUCUGUGGCUUCAUCUUCUUGCCAGCAGCCUCUCUCUUUCAAACCCUUAAAGAAGAAGCAGAAAACUCAUCAUGUACCUUCUGUUCACCAACACAGUGUAACAACUGGCAAACCUCAAGUUAAUUCGACAGAUGAUAUUCAUACGCUGAGCGCAGGCCCUCCUCGCUGCAGUAAACACGGUCACCUCUGCAAACUCAGAACUGUGAGGAAGGACGGAGAAAACAAGGGCAGGAUGUUUUAUUGCUGUCCUCUACCCACUGAAACUCGGUGCAACUAUUUUCAAUGGGCUGACUUGAGUUUUCCAUUUUGCAACCAUGGCAAAAGAUGCGUUAUGAAGAUGGUACUGAAGCUUGGUCCCAAUAAUGGAAGGAACUUUUUUGUGUGCCCAUUAGGAAAGGAAAAACAGUGUGGCUUUUUCCAGUGGGCAGAAAAUAAGCCAUUUACACAGUCUAUUCUUUGAUGUUAUAGUUAAGACAUCCUGAGAAACAGAUAAGUACAACUCUCAUUGGUCAUUUCUCUUUUGUUGUUACUUUUGAUUUUCCUGUUCACUGAUUAAUUAGUGAAAUAGCUCCCAUAACUAAGAGAAAACUACAGAUUACUCUAUCCCAGUUUUUAGAGUCCUGUAACAUUAAACAUUGCUUGUAUGCUGCAUACUAACUUGCAAUAUAUUGUGUCACACUGUUAUAUUUCCAGUCAAAUAAAUGAACCACUUUCUAUUUUUCAUAUGAGUGUCACUGCACUGUCAGCACUGCAGAUUUUCAAGCUGAUAUGACUUAUGGAAUGGAUGAGUUAAUCUGAAUUUGUACUUUUUUUGGUAGACUCUUAUAAAUGUAAACAUGUAUUUUAACAAAUAAAAUUUACUGUGUUCUUCAAUACAGCUUCAUGUUUCAUUUCUUCAGAGCUUGCAAAGAAACAACAGACUGUACAUUUUAAACUUUACUAUACUGAAUGCGUGACCUUGUUACAUUUGGAAAACAGACAUACACUGCCACACAGCUAAUAACAUGACUGAAGUUUUCUUAGUUAUGUCUUAAAUCUGGAUCUUAACAUUUUAUUUGGGUUGGUAUUUAAUUAUGUUAAAUGUGUAAUAAAAUCAGUCCACUUCUGUGGUUAAAACAGAACUGAAAACUUGUAAAUGGUCCACCACUCAGUAUUGCUUUUCUUUAACUUUUGGGUUGUUUUUUUGGUUGGAAGGAGUGGUAGGGAAGAUGAUACUUUUUAAGUUUUCUAAUCUGUGGAACUAUAGCCCAGUUUAAAGCAUCAACAUCAUGCUGUCAGUGAAACCAAUUAAUUUUUGUCCUUGACAUCAGCUUCAGAGAAGACUUUAUUCUUUCCCCUUUCAGUAGCCUAUGCCACACUUCAAGACCUUUAAAACUUUCUUUGAGAUGAUAAUCUUCAUUUAAAAAAAUAAAAAGUCAGACUGCAGAAAAGUAUAAUGGCUUAAUAAUCCAUAUGUUGCUUGGUGGAUUCUUUCCAGCUUCUGUAUAUAUCUUUCAUGAAGCCUGUUAUUUAAAGUGGGGUUACUGAACCCAACCUGAGAACAAAACAAGCUACUUCACACGGUAAAGAUCCUUUAUAUAAAAGACACCAAUGAUACUUAUUGCUAUGAUGGUACCAUCACUAUCCUAUGCUAAUUUGGGUUUUACAUCUAAAUCUUUAAAAUUGUCUGUUAUGUGUACAAUUUAUUAUUAAGAGAAAGUGAUUAUUUUUACAUGUUGUUGGGUGUCUUGCACAGGGAUAAAUCUUUAGUGGUUUAGCUAGACAUGAAAAAUACAACUAUUUUUGAUCAUUUGCCUUUAACAAAUGUGAAGCUCUCAGUGAAGCUAGAACUUGAAUGACUUUUUCAGACUUUAAUACUUCAAAGAGAACAGGCUGUUAUGUCUCUUUUUUUACCCAAAUCUUACCUGCAAGACAAGUAAAUGAAUAGUUGUUUACAUAUAACACUAGCUUAAAGGAUUAAGUGCUUCUAUUAGCUACUGCUGUUACUUUCUUUUGUAUUUCCUUAUUUCUAGAACAUGUGUGUGUGAAAAUAAUUAACUGCAUAAGCAAUGUGUAAAUUUAACCUGGGCAAUAGAGCAAAAAUAUAUUUUACGUACAUUUACCAUUCUUUAAUGAAUUAUGUACUAUAUCCUGCUUAAACUAGGGAAAUGUAUACAAGCCAAAAUAUUUUGUCGUGAUCAGCUGUUCAUCUAUAUAAAAAGUAAUUUCUCCUGAAGUCUGAAUACUUUAAAUGCAUGAGAAAUAAUCUGGAUGUUAUUAUUAAAAUAACACUUUAUCUAUCUAUUUUUAAAUAAAAGUUAUU